UUUUGCCGUGGCGUUUUGGAGCUGAUGUUACAAGCGAUGACUGGAGCUGCAUGUUGUUGGUUAACAACUUGUUAACUGAUGAUCACAUAUGUAAAAUAUGGACAAACAAGACGCGUUUCUAUAGACGAACACGGGGGUUUACUCGCUGAGAGUCCACGCAGACGUCCGUCCUCGGUUUGUUGAAAUGAUCCACAUGAGAACAAUAAAUGUAUCAUUUCCUGCCGUGACGUACCGACACUAGUGUUUCACUGUUUCAGUAAAACUUCACACUGUGGAUCCGCGCUCCCUGCCCUGUGCGCGCUCCCGACGCAGGGGAUGGGGGGAUACCCUAGCUUGGCACGGCAGGUUAAAGGCUGUUUCUACACUCGCUUCUAUAGUUACAAGGCAGACGUGUGUUGCUUGUGUAUUGGACAUGUUGACAUAGACAGCAUAUUGUGAGUAAACAGUGAAACCGGUUUGUGGAGGCUCCUCCCUUCAGGUGCAAUGCUGUCCGACAGGUUUAUUGUUUCCUGAUCGUCUCAGCGCAAUAAAGUGCGCAAUGAAGUGGAGUAACUACUAGCUCUGUUUUUGGUGAAACCAAGAGAAAUACGUUUGUUUUUCUUCAAGAAAGCUUUGACAGAUGGAACAAACUGGAGCCAAAUGGAGCAGCUGUGUUGGACAGUUUUGUGCUUCGACAGCCGCGUUAUUGUUGCUGUGGAUGAACGGACUGUCCCUCGUGCAGAUGGCCCACUGCUCCGUCAUAUACAGACACCAACCAGUGACAGUGAACUACACCCUGUAGGAGAUCCAGUGUUGGUGGAUGAGACAGAAGCUGCAUCCUUCCUGUCCCGUUCACUGCUCUAUAACAGCUGGGACUUUGAGCUGGUUGUGCCUGGUGAUGUGGAGAGGGAGUGCAUGGAAGAGAUUUGCAACUACGAGGAAGCCAGAGAGAUUUUUGAGGACACUGCGAAGACGGAAAAAUUUUGGAAAACGUACACCAAUCAAGGUAGUGCAAACAGACUGGACGUGUCAGGUCUGGUGGCAGGGAUCCUGGCUGUACUAGUGUCUGCUGUAAUUGCCACGGUGCUGGGAGUGUACUGCUACAAAGCCAAGAAAAAGGGUGCACGGAGGUCUGGCCGACCUCCAGUACAAAUUGCAGUAGAUGGGCAUACAUCAGCUCCGGAGACGGUGCCCCUAGGUGGGAUCACUGCACCCGGUCUGCCUAGCUACAACGAUGCCCUGAACCACAGUGGGCAGCACGAUGCUCCACCACCACCAUAUUCAGGGGGUGCGCCGUCGGUAUCUGCUGAUCCAGGUGACAAUGAAUGAAAGCCCUGCAGGUCACUGUGUGAAACCUUAACACUGAUGGUUUGGGGAAAAUUUCUGGUUGUUUUUUUAAAAUAUACAUAUUUUCCUUAGGAGUGCAGUUCAAAGACAGUCCCAAAGUGGACCAUAGCUAAUCAUUUGUCACUAGUCUGAUCACUUAAGACUUCGUUUUUGUGCUGUGUUUGUGCAUUUGUGUUCAA